AGUCGCAGCCGCCCGGCCCUGGCGCGCGUCACGAGGGCGAGCGGGCGGCGAGCAGGGGGUGGGGCCGCGGCCGGAGGGGCCCGAGCGGCUGCCGAGCAAAAGCCGGAGGAACGGGGCGCGGGCGGCUGCGGUCCCGGUGGCGGCGGGGGAAGAUGGUGGCGCUGGAGACGGGAGCAGCUGGAGAGCAGCUUUAUUCCCAGGCUUGGCACGGUCGCUGUCACUAGCGCCGCCUGCUCCCGCGGGCCCGCGGACCCAGCUGUCAGGCAAGGUACCACCGCCAGGGCGGGCUGGGCCCCGUGAAGCCAAAAUGAGCACACAGUGAGCCAGCGCAGCCUCUCGCCAGCCAUCCCCCGACGCCCACCAUGAACCACUUGGAGGGCUCCGCGGAGGUGGAGGUGGCCGACGAGGCGCCAGGAGGGGAGGUGAACGAGUCCGUGGAGGCCGACCUGGAGCACCCCGAGGUGGAGGAAGAGCAGCAGCCGCAGCCGUCGCCCCCGCCGCCCGCAGGUCACGCACCCGAGGACCACCGCGCGCAUCCGGCGCCGCCGCCGCCGCCACCACCGCAGGAGGAGGAGGAGGAGCGCGGCGAGUGCCUGGCUCGCUCGGCCAGCACCGAGAGCGGCUUCCACAACCACACGGACACCGCUGAGGGCGACGUGCUCGCCGCGGCCCGAGACGGCUACGAGGCGGAGCGCGCGCAGGACGCCGACGAUGAGAGCGCCUACGCCGUGCAGUACCGGCCCGAGGCCGAGGAGUACACGGAGCAGGCGGAGGCCGAGCACGCCGAGGCGGCGCAGCGGCGCGCGCUGCCCAACCACCUGCACUUCCACUCGCUGGAGCACGAGGAAGCCAUGAACGCCGCCUACUCGGGCUAUGUCUACACGCACCGGCUCUUCCACCGCGCCGAGGACGAGCCCUACGCCGAGCCCUACGCCGACUACGGCGGCCUCCAGGAGCACGUGUACGAGGAGAUCGGGGACGCGCCUGAGCUGGAGGCGCGCGACGGCCUGCGGCUCUAUGAGCGGGAGCGCGACGAGGCGGCCGCCUACCGCCAGGAGGCCCUAGGCGCGCGGCUGCACCACUACGACGAGCGCUCCGACGGCGAGUCCGACAGCCCCGAGAAGGAGGCGGAGUUCGCGCCCUACCCGCGCAUGGACAGUUAUGAGCAGGAAGAGGACAUCGACCAGAUCGUGGCCGAGGUCAAGCAGAGCAUGAGCUCGCAGAGCCUCGACAAGGCGGCCGAAGACAUGCCCGAGGCGGAGCAGGACCUGGAGCGCGCCCCGACCCCGGGAGGGGGACACCCCGACAGCCCUGGGCUGCCAGCACCUGCCGGGCAGCAGCAGCGAGUUGUGGGAACCCCGGGAGGCAGCGAGGUUGGUCAGCGGUACAGCAAGGAAAAGAGGGAUGCCAUCUCGCUGGCCAUCAAGGACAUCAAGGAGGCCAUCGAAGAAGUGAAAACCAGGACCAUCCGUUCGCCUUACACCCCCGACGAACCCAAAGAGCCCAUCUGGGUCAUGCGCCAGGACAUUAGCCCCACAAGGGACUGUGACGACCAGAGGCCCGUGGACGGAGAUUCUCCGUCUCCUGGCAGUUCCUCACCCCUGGGUGCUGAGUCAUCAAUCACACCCCUUCAUCCCGGUGACCCCACGGAAGCCUCCACUAAUAAAGAGUCAAGAAAAAGCUUGGCUUCAUUCCCAACCUACGUUGAAGUUCCUGGACCCUGCGACCCUGAAGACUUGAUCGAUGGAAUUAUUUUUGCUGCCAAUUACCUUGGUUCCACUCAGCUACUCUCAGACAAAACUCCCUCCAAAAACGUGCGCAUGAUGCAGGCCCAGGAAGCAGUAAGCCGGAUCAAGCAGACGGCCCAGAAAUUAGCCAAAAGCAGGAAGAAGGCUCCUGAAGGCGAAUCUCAGCCAAUGACUGAGGUGGACCUCUUCAUCUCCACCCAGAGGAUCAAAGUGUUGAAUGCAGAUACACAGGAGCCUAUGAUGGACCACCCUCUGAGGACCAUUUCCUACAUCGCAGACAUUGGGAACAUCGUCGUGCUGAUGGCCCGCAGGCGGAUGCCCCGCUCCAACUCCCAGGAGAAUGUGGAGGCCUCUCACCCAUCCCAGGAUGCAAAACGGCAGUACAAGAUGAUCUGUCAUGUCUUUGAGUCUGAGGACGCCCAGCUGAUCGCACAGUCCAUCGGGCAGGCCUUCAGCGUUGCAUACCAGGAGUUCCUCAGGGCCAACGGGAUUAACCCAGAAGACCUGAGCCAAAAGGAGUACAGCGACCUGCUCAACACCCAGGACAUGUACAACGAUGACCUGAUCCACUUCUCCAAGUCGGAAAACUGCAAAGAUGUCUUCAUAGAGAAGCAGAAAGGAGAAAUCCUGGGAGUUGUGAUUGUGGAGUCUGGCUGGGGAUCCAUUCUGCCAACCGUGAUCAUUGCCAACAUGAUGCACGGAGGCCCCGCCGAGAAGUCGGGGAAGCUGAACAUCGGGGACCAGAUCAUGUCCAUUAACGGCACCAGCCUGGUGGGCCUGCCCCUGUCCACCUGCCAGAGCAUCAUUAAGGGCUUAAAGAACCAGUCCCGCGUGAAGCUGAACAUCGUGAGGUGCCCCCCAGUGACCACAGUGCUAAUUAGGAGGCCGGACCUUCGCUACCAGCUGGGUUUCAGCGUGCAGAAUGGAAUUAUCUGUAGCCUCAUGAGAGGGGGAAUAGCUGAGAGAGGAGGUGUCCGCGUGGGACAUCGGAUCAUUGAAAUCAACGGCCAGAGUGUCGUAGCCACACCACACGAGAAGAUCGUCCACAUACUCUCCAAUGCUGUUGGGGAGAUCCACAUGAAGACAAUGCCAGCAGCCAUGUACAGACUGCUGACAGCCCAGGAGCAGCCCGUUUACAUCUGAGCCGCACCUCCGCGGCGUGGCAGCAUGCAUGGAGGACUCUCCUCACCGUGGUUGUGUUUCUUGUGCUGCAUCUGUGUGUCCACUGAGACAUUCCCCUCUCGCACCCAACGUUUGGUUUUACACAGGAAGAGAAGAAUCGGCAAGGGCCUCUUUGCUCUCUGUCUCUCUCCAGUUCGCUUUUUUAUGUUCCAUCCUUAACACCAGGGAAGUUUGGUGUGUGCCCUCCUGAGGGUGGAGAGCAGCUAAUAUACCUAGGAUCAUGGUGGAGGCCUUUGGGGGAUCUUAAAGUGGUUGUUACUGCCCAAGGAGGCAUCAUCCCUCCCCAAGAGACACACACUUCCCUGAAGGAGCUCUCAGAGGCAGCACAGGAGAUGACUGAGCAGUGCCUAAAACUCACUUGCUGAUCUCUCCGCCCUCCUCACCUCACUGAUGGAAAGAUGGUUGGUGACAGGUGACAGCACUGAAUAUCCUUAAAGCCCACAUCUUUAAGGAUGUUUGCUGCCUGCUGUGUAGUUGGAGCCCCGCACAUUAUUUCUGCCCAGAAUUUCUGAGCCACUUUUAAAUCCCUUCCCUAGUUUCUUUUAGUUGCAAUGUGUGUGCUAAUUCAGGCCUAACUUCUGAGAAACAAGGACAAGGAUGCUGUGACACCCACCUCAGAGGUCCUGGCAAGUCACAGGGCCUCCAAGGUUCCCCAGGUUUCCAAGGUUACCAAUUGGAGGAUAACCACUGGCAGGUACUGUCCUAACGUACUUGCACAGGCGCUUAUGUGUAACACACACACACACACACACACACACACACACACACACACACGAGCCCUGCUCAGUGUUUCAUUUGCCCUCUGCCUGUAUCCAAGCAGGCUAAAAACCUAGCACACAGACUCUGUGGAGAACCCCCCAGCACCUCUCUGGAAGAUCUCCCCUCCCCUAGCAUAAGGUUGACCUAGGCAGAAAGCUGCAGGCCUUGUCCUAAGACAGACACUCUCCUGGCCUUCUCUAUCCCAAUUGGCUCAGAGUCCCCUCCAGGACUCCCCCACCCCAUGUACACAACUGGAGGUUGUUCUUGAGGGACAAACCGUGAUGGGGGUGCCCUAGUGUCAUGCUUUCCUGCCUGAAGGCUAAGCCAGCCUGGGCCUGUUCACCACUACCAGUGAGGAUGUGAUAUUAUAAAGGCUAGGACAGAUAAGCCACUACAUCAGGCAGAAUUAACAAUUGGUGUUGGGCCUUAGGAAUCCCCAACUGUGCCCCAGACACAUCCUCUACUGUCUUGCAGAUCUGGGAGUUUGCAGCUGGUAUGGGAGGCUCGUGGUCUCCCCCAGAUGCCUCACGUUUUAGAUCACGUCUCAGUCCGUGCAUGUUUUAAUAAUGCCAUUCUGAGCCAGUUUCCACUUAUUCUUGGUCCAAAGAGCAGUUUGUUUCCAUGUGGAAUGUGGCUCUUUUUUUUCUUUUCUUUUUUUUUUUUUUUUUUUUUCUGUUCUUGUUUUGUUUCAUCGAUGACCUCAGUAGAGACAGGGGAAGAAAAACUAAUAUAUUUUGUAGUAUGGAUAUAAUCCCUGUUCUCUGCAUCUGGGAUAUUUAUAUUGUGUCUUUGGAAAUGGGAGUUCAGUGAGCAGUGUUGGGGAGGAUGGAUUUAUGGAGGGAAGAGAGGGAUCUAGGGGAGGGAGAGAUGUGAAUAGAAGAGAGGGAACAGGAGACUUCAGCCAGGGUGGGAAACAGUCAACCCCUGUUGACUUGAUGAGUUGUCUAGAGAGACUCUGGAGAGCCCGGUGCUUGCUGGGAACUGCAGUGAGCCCUCAGUUUUACUCUAGCACAAAAAGUCCCAGCGAUAUGAGACUCCGGCUGCCCAGAUGGCUGCCUGAGAAGGGCUGGGCCUGCUGCUGUGAGAACUAUGUGGAGUUGGGACCCUAGGAGCCAGGCCGUCUGGACUUGAUGUUAAGGCUGUCUAACCAAAUGCUCCUGCAUGACCAGGCCCAAGGUCAAACCCCAGGAAAGGUGGAGAGCAGGAGCCAUGGCUUGGGUUUUCUUUACAUCUCCUGAAAUAACUGAUCUGUCAGGUAUCUAAUAUAAUACACGCUGAGGGGUGAGACCCAUCUCUGCCAGAGAGGACAGCUAGAACAAAGAGAGACGUUAUUGCUGCCAUUUCUGGCAUUGGGAACCUGGGUAAAGUCACUUGACAGGCUUAUGUCCGUCCGUCUGGCCCAGGGUGGCCACCAUGGGCAGGCACCUAAGCACCUGGACAGGAAGGCAGAAGCAGGACCUCAGAGGCUAACUGGGACCAGUCAGGGGUAGACCCCACAGACCUCACUCCCAGUAAUCACCCCAGGGGAAGAGGAAAGAGAAAGUGUUUUCUAUUCUUGUUGCUCCCAACCCUGGAAGCCUUAAGAGGGGCUGAAAAGCAAGGCUUUUCUUGUGAGCUCUCCUAGGGAACUAAUAGUUUAGCACGAUUGUAAGGAUUACUUAGGCUUUUGUGUUAAGGAGGGUUCCUCCCUCCCAGAGGAAAGCCUGGUCCAGGCCCCCUGCUGAAGCAUGUUCUUCCUCUUUUGAGCAUCAGACUGAAUGAUUAAACUUGGGGUCAGGUCUCAUCUGGCAUCCUCAUAUACAUAGUUACAUAUGUAAAUAUCUCAUAGCUCCCAGUAAUGGGGCCAGCUACACACAGAGCUGCCCCCACAGCAAGCAAGGCACAAGCCACUCUGCCCACUCAGCUGGAACCCGCUGGUGACUUGGCUUUGGGGCAGGUUUCCAGAUCCACACCCCUCCCCCCAGUCCAAUGAGGUUGCACUAGAACCCACUCUGCCUCUGCCUUCUCCUCGGGAGCACUUCAGGGAGCCACCAUCAGCCUUGAGUUCACGAGAGGAGGAAAGCCUCACAGAUCCAGGCCAGGAGCCCACUUCCUGAGCGAUCCCUUCCUUCACAGCAGGCUCUGUGGGAGUCCAGGGGCGGGGGUAGAGCAGAGCAGGCGGCAGGCUGCCAUCUCCCUGCACACAGGUUUGCUUUCUGAACUUUGCCCGUCAACAUUGGCCUUCAGGGAGUCAGAGUAACCUACUACCUCCCCCAUCGCUCCCCUCCCUCCUCCUGCGGCCCCACCCACACCUAUGCUCCCCUUGGCACACUGAUGAAAACCCACCCACAGAGCCCUGCUCAGGUCUCUCCACCCACUGGUGUAGCUGUCACCAAUGUUUACAACCAAGGGCCACCUCUUCCUGAUGUUUUAACUCUCACCUUCACAAGGCUACCUGUUAGUUUGAGUUUCACCUCUGUCUGCUCCUUCCCUGGUUAGGGUCCACUGAGUACACAACUCUGAUUUUAUCUUCCCUCCAUCUAAGGCAGUGUGUGAUGUGGGAAUGAAAUCUCUUGUACAUACUUAGCACAGCACCUGGAGUACGAACUCGCACCCCUGUUCUGUAACGGGGUGCAUUAGCGCUUACUGUAAAACAUCGGGAGAAGUAUAGUAUUGUAUUUGUAACAAUAUCGUUCUUUGUAUACAUGAAACUCAAUGAUCUCUAUAUAUAAAUAUAAAUAUAUAUAAAUAAAAUAUAUCUACACGUGAGCCUGGAAUGUUGAUACUGCACACCCACUGAAUGUAUUUCCUCUGACAGUCUAAUCACCGGUCCUGGCCCACCCUCCCCUUCUUCAUGCCGUAGUGGCAGUUGUCUGGUUUGGGGUUGUGACGUAUUUAAUGUGCUCUCUCCUUAUUUAACUGAACGCUAAUGUCUGUAUAAGAAUUGCUGGAACAAUAAACAAGGACUUCACCCCCUUG